UAGUUUAGUUUAUCCUGCGCUCGUUCGUGUUUGCUGUGGUGACAAGGUGCAACAUUUCUCCCUGCACCGAACACCGCCAAGCAGCACCAGAGAGGCACGAGUACGUAAGGCAAGAGAGAGAGAGAACGUGGCCGCCCGUCCCUACAUCACCAGCCGCCACCACCACACUGGCGGUAUGAAGGCAGUGCUCCCAUUCCUCCUGGCUCUGUGCCUUGCCUUGGGUGUCACUGGAGGUAAGAAGUUCAAGGUAGAUCCGAAGAAGAGCAAGGUGUACGGGCCCGGCCUGGAGCCUCACAAAAUUGUGUACCCUGCGCGGUAUUUCUUCAUUGAGCCUCACGACACCAAAGGCAACAGAAUCCAGAAAUCCCUGGGUGCGAAUUCCUUCAAGGUGCAGGUGGAGGGACAGAGCAGCGAGGGCACCUACUGCCGGGUGUGGGUGCAGGUGCUGGACCGUUAUGACGGCACCUACGUGGCCAGGUACCGCACCUACCAGACAUGCCGGGACACCAUCAUCCAUGUGCUGUACAAUGGCCAGCAUGUUGGUGACUCUCCCUACAAGAUACAAGACCCAGUGUACUCUGAGCAUUGCUAUUGCCCUGAGGGUGACAUAGAAGCAUGGCAGGUGGCAGUGGGGUGCCCAGCCGACUACCCACAGGUUACACGAGACCUGGCCCCCUUCCCACAGGUGGACUUUGACUCAAUCCUCAACGCAGCGGCCAAACGUUUUGAUGCAGCAGGGUCACGGAGCUUCUGUAAUUAUGUUGUCAAGAAUAAUCAAAUGUACCGGAAAUGUUACGGUCAGCAUGUUGGCUUCAACAUGUUCAUGGACAACAUACUGCAGUCAUUGUUGCGCAAAAUGCUUCUCCCUGAUAUUGAGUUCAUCAUCAACCUUGGUGACUGGCCACUGGUGGACCCCAAGGUGAAGCCGCUGCUGCCGAUCUUCUCGUGGUGCAGCUCAGAGGACACAGCAGACAUCAUCAUGCCGACCUAUGACCUGACAGAGGCCACUCUAGAGAUGAUGGGAAGGGUGACACUUGAUAUGCUGUCUGUCCAAUCCAACAAUGACAUACCUUGGGAUGUGAAGAAGCCCAAGGCAUUUUGGCGCGGGAGAGACUCUCGCAGGGAACGUCUGGACCUCAUUGACCUGGCCCGAGCACACCCUCACCUCUUCAAUGCUUCCCUUACCAACUUCUUUUUCUUCAAAGAGGAGGAAGAGCAGUAUGGACCAAAAGAAAAGCACAUUUCCUUCUUUAACUUCUUUGAUUACAAGUACCAGAUCAGCAUCGAUGGAACUGUGGCUGCAUACAGACUGCCUUACCUGCUGGGUGGCUCCAGUGUGGUGCUGAAGCAGGACUCUCCUUACUACGAGUUCUUUUACCAUGAACUGAAGCCUAAUGUCCACUACAUACCCUUCAAGCGUGACCUCUCAGAUCUUGUUGAAAAGAUUGAGUGGGCAAGAGCAAAUGAUGAUCAGGUAAAAAUUAUUGCUGAAAAUGGGAGGAAAUAUGCCCAAGAGAACCUGAUGCCCAGAGAUGUGUACUGUUAUCAUGCUGCACUCUUUAAGGAGUGGAGCAAGAGGCUCACAUCAGAGGUGCGGGUGCGUCCAGGCAUGGAGCACGUACCCAUUGAGGAACACGAGAAGCGGUUUGGUUCUUGCCGGUGCCACCGCCUCACGCGUCAUGAUGAGUUGUGAGUUUAACUUGAGAGACAGGAGAAAGAUGAGUGGUGGCAGUUCCUCCCUGGCCUGAGUGACUUACAACAGGUGAAAGGUAGGCAGCUGUAGUUUGUACUUGUAGUUUAUCAUUGUUACACGCCUCCAGAUAUUCAAUGCCAUCCUCAUUUUAUCAUCCGUCCCACAAUGGUGCUUAUCCUCAACCUGAGAAAAUGCUCUUGUGAUCAAUGUGAAUACUUGUCUGCUUUUCCUUACAGACUUCUCAUAAUAAGCAAGGGCUUUGUCCAUUGUUGUAGGCCCUAGUGAUACUCUUUCAGUUGCAAAUAGUUAUUUUUGUAAUAUAUUAUGUUUUAUUAAUAUCCAUUUGCAGCUUACUUGCUACUUAAUAGUUGAAGGACUCUGUCAUUUUGUUUAUAUGCCAAACUGGCAUCCCAUGAAUGGAAUAGCCAAGAUAAGAUGUACACACACAACAUUCCAAAGUGAAAUCAAAGGAGUCUGACAAGGAGUCUGACAAAAUGCAUCCAUCCAGAUAAUCAGGGUAGUGUUUAACUUGUACAGUAUCCGCUGAUAUGCAUCAAGGUUGCAUGGUCUUAGUGAUCAGUAUAUAAGAAACCAGUGAAUUGAGGGAUACUUAUUUAGUAUUGUAAGUUAAAGCAGACCUGAGGUUAGCCAUUUCAGGCAAAGCUUUAUUUUUAUACUUGAACUGUAAUGCAUUUUUAGCAGUGUUUAGUAUUUGGGCAUUUUUAAAUGAAUCUUUAUUCAUGAAGUUCGUGUUAUCAACAUGUGUAACAAGACCUCAGGAACAAAGCUUUUAUAAUAACUUUAAUAUUUUGUGAAGCAAGAACUUGUUUUGGAUGAAGUGCAGGAUGUUGAUGUGCCUUUUAUCUGUGAGGAUGCUUACUGCAAAUUAAAAGUUUUGUCUUAUUAUUGGAUUAGAAAGGCAGGUUCUCUGUUUAUUUGAAUCUGCAGUGUGAACCACUGUAAGUAUGAAAAUUCAUGUUUUGACCAACCAACAUGAGUAUGAUUAAGUGGGUAUGCAAUAUAUUGAUGGCACCAAUUGGAAAACAGAGAAUAAGGUCUUAUCUAUUAAAGACAGAUAGGGCAGAUCAUAUUAGUUUACUUAUGUGUUUACUUGUGGUGAAAAUACUCAAAUUACUUGGAUUUUAAAAAAUGGAAUAGUUAUCAAGUAAUGCAAUUCUUUGAGGAAUUUAAUAAGUAGGGACUUCAUAAAAAUAAACAAGUUGUGCAUUUCAGCAGUCCUGCAUCUUCUGCUUCACAAAUUUGGUAUUAUUGAAGGUAAUGAGAUGACAGUGGAAUGAAUGUGAAUAAAUCUUAUGAAUUGAUAA